GCAGCGACCUGGGGCUUCGUCUGCUCAGCGAAGUUGAAUCAACACGCCGAGAAAACGCACUGUCUGGAUUCAUGUGGCUCCCCCACACUCGCAACCGUCUUUUUCGCGACGCCGGGGGACUUUUAACCAUUCUCGGUUGCAAUAGAACCCGGCUUAGCUUUGGGAAAUGUGUUGGUAGUCAGUAAUAGUUGAGUUGCAACCAUUAAACGCCCAGUCAUUCAGUAGGUUACCUGCGGAUCUACUGCAGGGUAGUUUUUUACCAGCAAGCGGGAUACUGCGGAGACCCGUAAACAAAAAGGAUCUCCACAGAGGUGAACCAUGCUCAGACUACAGACCAUCAUUUGCACUUUUUCUCUCCUGUCUGUUGCGGCGAGAGCAGAUUUUAAAGCACGGAACUGCAGCGAGGUGAGGGAGGCUUGUAUCGAGAAAGGCUUCAGCUUCGCACAUGUUCCUGUUCAGGAGAUCCCAGGUGAACAUCUUCGUGUAUGUCCUCAGGGAAACACAUGUUGCACCCAGGACAUGGAAGACACAUUUGGCCAACAGAGUAAACAGGACUUUGAGAAUCUGGUUGAUGAAACGAGUCAUGACUUGAGAAGCACCUUUGUAUCCAGACAUAAAAAAUUUGAUGAAUUCUUCCUGGAGCUGCUGGAGAACACAGAACGGUCCCUGAAUGAGAUGUUUGUUAGGACUUAUGGCAAGCCUUACAUGCAGAACUCUGAGGUCUUUGAAAACCUGUUCGCCGAGCUGAAGCGCUAUUACACUGGAGGGAAUGUUAACCUGGAGGAAAUGCUUAAUGACUUUUGGUCGCGACUGCUGGAGCGUAUGUUCACACUGCUCAACUCCCAGUAUGUCAUCACUGAGGACUAUCUGGAGUGUAUCAGUAAGUACACCGACCAGCUCAAGCCCUUUGGAGAUGUGCCCAGGAAGCUGAAGGCUCAGGUUACCCGGGCAUUCAUCGCUGCACGUACAUUCGUCCAGGGACUCUCAGUUGGCCGGGAGGUAGCCCAGAGAGUGUCUAAGGUAAGCAGCACCCCCGCAUGUAUUCGAGCGCUGACUAAGAUGCUGUACUGCCCAGUUUGUCAGGGCAUGCCAGCAGUUAAAGCUUGUAGGAACUAUUGCCUGAAUGUCAUGAAGGGCUGCCUGGCCAAUCAAGCUGAUCUGGAUCCAGAGUGGAACCAGUAUAUUGAUGCUAUGCUGCUGGUGGCGCAGAGGCUGGAGGGACCUUUCAACAUUGAAUCUGUCAUGGAGCCUAUUGAUGUCAAGAUUUCAGAGGCCAUCAUGAAUAUGCAAGAAAACAGUGGCCAGGUCACGUACCAGGUUUUUCAAGGCUGUGGCCAGCCAAAACCCGCAGGAAUGACUAGGUCUACCCGUGGUGUUUCGGAUGUGUUCAGUGCCCGUUUCAGGCCGUACAGCCCAGAGGAGCGGCCUACCACUGCAGCUGGCACAAGCCUAGACAGACUGAGGACUGUUUGGAAUGCAAUGCAACACAGUGUGCUUGACAUAAAAGAGAAACUGAAGCUGUCCAAGAAAUUUUGGUCCAACCUUCCUGAGGCUUUGUGCAUGGAGGACAGAGUGACAGCUGGAAAUGCAAGUGAUGAGGACUGCUGGAAUGGACACGCCAAGGGCCGGUAUUUCCCUGAAGUCCAAAAGGAUGGACUGACCAAUCAGGUGAAUAACCCUGAGGUGGUUGUUGAUAUCACCCGCCCAGACACCUUCAUCCGCCAGCAGAUCAUGGCUCUGAGGGUGAUGACCAACAAGCUGAAGAAUGCCUAUAACGGCAAUGAUAUCUACUUUCAAGAUUUAAGUGAUGAAGGCAGCGGCUCAGGCAGUGGCAGCGGCUGCACAGAGGUCUGCCCCACAGACACGGAUGGUGCUGCCACUGAAGCCCCGGUGGUGAAAGCCGACCGGAGUGGGCCUGUGGAUCACUCUGCUUGGCUCCACGCUCCCUCUGUAGCCCUGCCAACCAUUCUGGCCCUCUCAGCCCUGGCACUCCACCGACAAUAUAGAUAAUGCUGGAGGAAAGGGCUAAACAUGGACAGCAAGAUAUAUUUUUUCUUUUUUUGCAGUUUUUGUAUUCAGGCAGAUUGGAGCUACAGUCAAGCAGACAGUCUUCAGGCUGCCAGCCUCGAGGCUAGUCGAGUCUGCUCUGAAAAAAAGAGCAGUCACGCAUCAUGAUUUCCCACUUUCCCAAAGAUCAUGCAGUGCCAUCCUCAGACUUGAUAUCAUAUGACAUCUCUUCACCGUCUAACACCGACUCAACAAACUCGGUUUCAGAUACUGAAAAAAGUAUUUCUCGCACAUAUGGCAGAUGUUAAUGUAGGGCUCCAUGUAGAAAAAUAUAACAUGCACUUUGAUUGUUUUGAUGUUUUUUAAUGCAAAAAAAUGUGAGAAUGUGGUUAUUUGAUGCACCUAAUACAAGCACAUUAAGUUUAAUAUAUAUUCAAUGUUAUAUUUUAAAACAAAUGCAAAGCCUUAUGAUUUAAAUGACAUCCAGUCCAGGAACACCUAACAUUAGGUCAAUCCUUUGUCAUUAACUCAUGUGCCAAUAAUUGAUUUUGGAUGAGAAGCUAUUGAAUAUUCAUCAAAACAGUCACAUUUUCAUAUUUGUUUUUAGAUCAGAUGCAGCCAAUGAAUCAUGCUGAAUCAUCUUUUGUAUUACAAUCAUUUCAAACAUGACAUAUAAUAAGAUUCUCAGUAAACCUCAUCAUGGGCUGGUCAUGGAUCUGCUUUGCUCUUAGCCUGCCACUGAAACUGCUCAACAGCUGCCUUGUGCAAGAAGUCACAUUUUGUUAAAAGGGAUAUGUUUGACAGUUUUAUAUACUCAUUUGCCUUGCAACAAAUUUAUUAUCUGCAGAAUAUUAUCAUAUCAUGCGGGUUUCUCAGGCUUGGCUUCAGGGGAAGACAGCAUAGGCAGAGUUAUUAUGGAGCAGUUACUGUCAUGCAGAAAAGAAACGGCGCCACCAAGAGCCGUCCUAGUGAUGCUGGUUCUGUAGUGUUGUGGGGUGCAUGUCCUUACAUAACAUCAAUGCAUUCAUGUCAGUGUGCUAAAACAAUUCAAAUCCUCACUAAUAUAUAAUGAUUACUUAAAAAUCUGUGUUUUAUUAUUAGGUGACCAAGUGACCUGCAUGCAAAGCCACUCAAUGAGGAGAUGCUUUUAUUUUUAAAAGAUAUUUAAGUGGUUCUUGAACAUAUUCUGGUCACAUUACUGUUUGAAGCCUUAUAAAGGAAGUCAUACACAGUAAUCAAAAAUCAUAACUUUGUCCUGUAUGCUUUGUGUCAAUGGACAUGCACAUUGCACUAUUAAAAUCUCAUCCAUUCAAUGCCGAAUCGCUGUCACUGAAGGAAGUCUUGUGCUGCUGUAAACUCUAUAUCAAUUUAUGGUAAUCGGAAUGUUUUCUGCUGCAUCCUCAGAAUACUCUACAAUCAUUUCCACAAAAAUUGUUCAUAUAUAUUGGAACUGCAUAUGCAGGGACAAAAAAAAAGCAUCAGCAACUUUUGCGUAUGUCAUUUAAUAGCCAGCGCUUACUGUGUAAUUACUGUCACUGUUUGGAUAAACAAGUCAUAAUGAACAGUGUAGCAGCACGAUUAAAAUACACAGUGUUAAGAAGUUGCAAUCACAAAAUUUUCAAAAAGUAAAUAAUUAUUACAACAGUUAUGUAAAAGGUGAGGGACUUAUUAAGGGAAGUAGGAAACAGCACACAGUAGGUAGUGGAAAUGCAAAGAAAGGGUCUUUAAAUUUAUCUGCAAAGCUUGAAUGGUUAUGUCUGCAGCACAGACAGCCUUGGAGACGACCACAGUCACCUGUGAAAUGAGAAUCUGUGGAGACUGGACAGGGCUGAAUGCUUCAGUGCAGCUCCUCAGUAGAGCGUACUUACAGAGAAUGUGAGAGGCCUGGCACCGCUGAGGGGGGCGGACAAAACCGGCCUGUAUGCACGUCCACUGUUCUCUGAGAGCCCGUCAGCUCCAUAACCACCAGGCUUACACAUCCACAGAAUUAACCUGUGUUAUACCCUUUGCAGUAUAUCAGUCUCUUUGUUGAGCUUUUCUAUGUUACAUUUACAUCGCAAAAACAAAAAUAUUGACAAAAACCUGUCAAAUGUGUCAAAAGGAUUCUUUAUUAUGACAAUGGAUGUUAGAGGAUGCCCUUUUUAUGUUUUGUAUCAUUGAACUUUUAAUGGUAAUAUUUUUGCAAUAAAAUGUUAAAAAUCAAUGUCUAUUUAGACAAAUGGUCUGAAAAAUAGAACAAGUAGGAAACACUAUAGGUCAGCAUUUUUUUACAAUCACUGCAUUGCUGUAUGAAUUCAAACCCUAAUGAAGUGAAGUUUGUUUGGAGUUUAAAUAUAAUUUCAUACAAAGAAGGGAAGAAGGACUAGAUAAGCAAAUAUGCCUUACUGUUUUUCAGUGCAAUUAAGAUGAUUGCAUCUGUGUUUUGUUACUGUUCUUGAGAAUAAAUAUUUAUUAAAAACAUUCCAAUAGAUUUGUACUGUAUUUGUGGUAAGUGUUUA